AUGCGUCGUGUUCAGGGUGCAAAAUACAGAAACCCCCACGACUUCAUGUUUGCCCGGCAGCAACAGCCGGAGAACGAUGAGGGCUGUCUGUCUGCUUUGAGGUUGUUGCAGGGUGAUGACGAUGACUGCUGCAAGGAGCAAUGUGCUGAUGAAAGCACCGUUCAAAUCAUCAAGUGCAACAAUAUUAACUGCAACUACCGACGUUUCGGCACGUUCAAUUCCGAAAAGUCCUGGGGUCCCUCGUACAACAAGUGCCAGAAGCACGGCUACUUAUAACCCUCACGAUCGCUAAGCGUUUCUAAUGCUAUGAGCC